UGAUGAGAAGGCGCCGCAGCUCCAGACGGACUUCAGUUCGUCCUCGGGCGCAGUGGAAGCGCAGCAAGCCACGCGUGGCCUUUACCAACCUGCACGGGAGAAGUUUUCACGCUGAGGAACUUCUGUCUUUCUUCAUUGCCGUUCUGAUUUUUUUUUUCCCCACUCGCAGACCUGAGAAAGAUCACUUUUAAGAAGUUGUUCAAGUCGCAGAUGGAAUAAACGCACCGAGAAAAACGCAUCAAGUGGAUUUUACGCACCUGGUUCCUCGUGCCUCAUUUAAAAAGGAAUAUUUUUGGCUCAUAUUUACCAGCUGGUUAAACCACCUAUAUUUGAUUUCACCACAUUUUUUGUGGUUAACCCUGCACAGCCCUGAUGAUGUGACUCUUUUAGGCAUACAUGAGGAAAGGCAGCUGGUAAAAAUGUUACAAGGCCGUUAAAUUUAUUGGAACGUGACCGCCGGAUAUGGACUUUCUCCGUAAUGAUUGCUGGAGAUCUGGUGAAUGAUUGACAGCACACAGGACUCUGCCACAACUGGCUUUACCAUCUGAUAUCAACUUUAACCUUCAACAGGCUGCUUGGAACUUAUCUUGGAGAAGAUAAAGUUUCAGAUGAACUUGGGUUAAUUCAGCCCUGGUUUGUUGUAACUGAUGUAAAGACGUUACCCUGAUAACAGACUCAUUUCAUCCAUGGCACCAGCAGUGAGACUCACACCAUACAGCUUGAUGCUGUUCCUGCUUUUUGUGACCUGGUCUCCUGGUUUCACAUCUGGAGCCUCCAAGGACCUUGUUUGUGAGCCUAUAACGGUUCCCAUGUGUAAAGGCAUUGGUUACAAUUUGACCUACAUGCCAAAUCAAUUCAAUCAUGACACCCAGGAGGAGGUGGGACUAGAGGUGCACCAGUUCUGGCCCCUGGUCCGCAUCCGCUGCUCUCCAGACCUGCUCUUCUUCCUGUGCAGCAUGUACACUCCGAUCUGCCUGCCUGACUAUAGAAAGCCUCUCCCCCCCUGCCGCUCUGUGUGCGAGCGGGCCAAACGAGGCUGCUCCCCCCUCAUGAGCCAGUAUGGCUUUGAGUGGCCGGAGAGGAUGAGCUGUGAGCAGCUGCCCCAACUAGGCGACGAGACUCUGUGCAUGGAUCAGAACAGCAGUGAGACUACCACUCUGGCUCCUCCGUUCCCAAAGUCCACCCCUAAAGUCAGAACCAGACCUCCAAGCCCGUCGCAGUGUGACAGGGAGUGCCGCUGCAGGGACCCCCUGGUCCCCAUCAAGCGAGAGUCCCACCCUCUGUACGGCAGAGUCCAAACUGGCCCUUUGCCGAACUGCGCCCAGCCCUGCCACCUGCCCUACUUCUCAGCAGAUGAACGAGCCUUCACCAGCUUCUGGGUGGGAAUCUGGUCAGUGCUCUGCUUCAUCUCCACAUUCACCACCGUAGCCACUUUCCUCAUUGACAUGGAGCGCUUCAAGUACCCAGAGAGGCCCAUGAUAUUUCUGGCCGCCUGCUACCUCUUCGUCUCCUUGGGUUACAUCAUCCGUCUGGUUGCGGGUCACGAGCGGGUGGCUUGUGGCUCCAGCGGCCUCGGUGGAAAUCAGCUGCACAUCCUCUACGACGCUUCCGGCCCUGCUCUCUGCACCCUCGUCUUCCUGCUGGUGUAUUUCUUCGGGAUGGCCAGCUCCAUCUGGUGGGUGGUACUGUCAUUCACCUGGUUUCUCGCGGCGGGGAUGAAGUGGGGCAGCGAGGCCAUUGCUGGAUACUCGCAGUAUUUCCACCUGGCUGCAUGGCUCAUCCCUAGCGUGAAGUCGAUUGUUGUCCUUGCUCUCAGUUCCGUGGACGGGGACCCCGUCGCUGGAAUCUGCUACGUCGGGAACCAGAGUCUGGAGAAUCUUAGGGGAUUUGUGAUAGCGCCUCUUGUGGUCUACCUCUUCACUGGCUCGCUUUUCCUGCUGGCUGGGUUUAUCUCUCUGUUCCGCAUCAGGAGCAUCAUCAAACAAGGUGGCACUAAGACGGACAAACUGGAGCGACUGAUGAUCCGCAUUGGGUUGUUCACAGUCCUGUACACGGUCCCUGCCACCAUUGUGGUGGCCUGCCUGGUCUACGAGCAGCACUAUCGACCCGGUUGGGAGCGAGCUUUGGCCUGCUCCUGCCUGUCGGAACGUCAGCGCUCGGGCUUUGGCCCAGACUAUGCUGUCUUCAUGCUCAAGUACUUCAUGUGCUUAGUGGUGGGCAUCACAUCCGGAGUCUGGAUUUGGUCGGGAAAAACUCUGGAGUCCUGGAAGAGAUUUGUGGCCAGAUGCUGCCCCUGCUGGCCACAAAAGGUUACUGCACCACCUUCCAUGUACAGUGAAGCCAGCACAGCCUUAACUGGGCACACUCGAACUGGGUUAACAUCAGGGAUCUAUCAGAAAGCCCCUCCUUCGCAUAUAUGAAGUCUGUGGCACUACCCAACAUUUUAGAGACACUAAAUGUGAUUGUGGACAAGAACCGGAACUCUCUGCGUCGUUUUGCCCCAAAUAUAAAUUAUAAACAAUGUACUGAACAGAAAGAUUCAAAGCACGCAGAAUGGGUAAUAACUGUUCAACGAAAAGUGAAAAGAAUAUGUUUGAGGCUCUGAAUCUUGAGCAAAUCUCUAUAAGUGAAUUUUUUGCACUGCAGCUGAGACACUUGACCAAAUCAGACACUCUGUGAACAAAACAAGACGAUACUCCCUGAGGCAGACAGAUAUUCAAGCACUGGAAAAAUAAAAUAUAUAUAUAUAUUUAUUAAUGUACAUACUUCAAAUAUUUGUUGUAAAGAAAAAACAUGAGUUCAGUUUCUGUUAAAAAAAAAGUUGACAGCCAAGUUAUGUAAAGGAGAAAUUGUCCAUAAAUGUGACGUGUUGGCUCUGUUUGAGUUGUGGUGCUCUGAAUAUUGUUGGAGAUUCAUUACUGUGACUGGAAACUUCAUUUGUUUUGUCUAUAUAGUGCGCUCUAACACAUCCUCUUUAGUUCUGUGAACUCAUUAAAGUGUCUUUGUGAAAGGAGAGUCAGUUUUGUCUGUGUUGUGUGAAGAAACAGGAAUGAUCAGUUUAAACAGGAUUUGGUCUUUAGCCCCACCUACUGGUGUUCAAAGGAACUGCUCACUUUGUUCUCUGGAGGAGGAACACCUCACAGAUAAACAAACCUUCAGACCAGCAACAUUUACUGUUAUUGCAAAAGAUGUUCCAUUAAUUAAGCUCUAAAGUUUUGAUACACCUUUUAAAUUAAGUUUGGCUAAUUCAUUUAAGCUCAAGUGUUUUUCUCCUGAUGGGAAAUAAACUGAUCUCCUGAUAGUAAUAAAAUAAUGCAUAAGGUGUUUCGUGCUCUUUUAAAUAAUCUGGAAUUGUAUGGAAUUCCAUUCCAUUACUUUUCUGCUCAAAUGAAGGGAAAUCAUACUUAGAGAAAAUGACAUACUUCUGCUUUUGCACCCUCCUUUAAAUGUUGAACAGUUUAAUUCAUUUUUCCACUAUGACCACCACUCACAUUUGUCUUUUUUAAGUCAUUGAGGCUAGAAAAAGACCUCCUUACCAUCCCUGUAAUAUUUAAAUCCCUCCAGAAGAAAAAAAAAAGGGGGGGAUUUUUUUUGGGAAGCAUACAUAGCCUAAUUAUUAUAGUCUAUUGACCUAAAGCAAAAUGCAUGGUAUGGUUGUUAGAUGUCAGGUACGCCGGUCAUAGAUCUUGACCAAGUUAAGGACUAAUGCAGAGGACACAUUUCCCUCUGGGAUCAGCUCCAUAGUCAUGGUAUUUUGACUUUGAUUUUAUUUAUUUUGCUCAGGCUACUCGUAAGCCCACAGCCCUCCAAAUGGUGAAAGGGUGAUAUUAUUGCCAUUACUGUUAAUAUAUAGUAGAAAUUUUUAGAUUUCUUUUCAAUUUGACAGCAUUUCUAACUUUAGAAUAUGGAUAAACAAUGUCUAUAUACUGCCAGU